UUCAUUACUCUUUCAGACUUGUACUGAGUAUCAUCUUUAGUUUUUGCAAUAUUUCCAAUAAAAUUAUUUCUUGGAUAUAUUGUUUGUCUAUUACAUAUUUUUUUUAAUUUUUGUAUAUAUUUAUUUGAAUAUAAACACUUGUGAUUUAUUGCAAGAAAUUUUGUGGUGAAAAGUGAAUUUAUAAUUUAUGAUAAUUGACUUUAAUUAAAUUAACAUGAAUUCUAAUAAUGUGCCACUGUCACCACCAGCUUCACCUCAGCUUAAAUAUACUCAUAAUGAACCACUUCAAUCGUCCUUCAGUGUCGCGGCAUUGCUCGGUGAAAAAUUAUUACAAAACGAUUCGCUAAAUCGUGGUAAUAAAAAACACGAUGAUGCCCAUCCCAACCUUCCACCCACGCCCCAACCGUCAGAUACAGAGGAAGACGAGCAGCCCCCACGCAAACGCAGCAAAUGCACUGAUCAGCGAUGUGGAGAAUUAGCAAAGUUAUUAUUGGAUGGAACGCCUCCGCCGAGUCCAGAGCCAGCUCGUGCUUCGGUAAUAAUGCGCGCAAAUCGGGACGGUACCUACAGUCCAGCAAAUUUAGCGGGUUUACAAAAAAUAACUUGUGAUGUAUCACCAGCAGCUGUGUGUUCAAAAGCCCCAAGGCCAGUAGUCUUAGAAAAACCAGUCGUCGAGACAGAAAACAUUCUCAAGACUCUCAAGUUCAAGAUGAGCCUCCGUAAAGAAGAGAUUAUAGUUAACAGCAAGAAUACAGACCGUGAGAGCCAAUGCCAGAAGUUACAACCUCUUGCUCCAAAGCCACCCUCUAUUACAAUGGUCGCUGGUAUCUUAGGAACACCCUUAGUUUUACCAACAUCAACAACUCCACUUCUCUUUGUUACAUCGCCGACAAUAACAACAACUAACUCUUCAACCCCCGGUAGUCUAGACUCUGGAGCACGUAGACGAGUUUAUGAAUGCGAGUAUCCGGGCUGUGGUAAAAACUACUUCAAGUCAUCACAUCUAAAAGCUCACAAGAGAACUCAUACUGGUGAGCGACCCUUCCCAUGUCCUUAUGAUGAUUGUGGGAGGAGGUUUUCACGCAGUGAUGAAUUGUCGCGACACAAAAGAACUCAUACGGGUGAAAAAAAAUUUGUAUGUUCUGUUUGUCAAAGGCGGUUUAUGAGAAGUGACCAUUUAGCUAAACAUGUUAAGCGUCAUACUAAAGACAGAAAUUCAUCAACUGCACUAACAUCAUCAUCAGUCCAUCAUCAAUCUUCGAUAACACCUGCACCGCUAAGAAUAAAUUUGCUUCCAGUAAUAGCACCGCGAUUGCAGAAAAAUAGUUCGCAGACAUUUAUCUCACAAAGUCUUUGAUGUAAAAGUCGUAUUUAUUUCUUCCUGAUUAUCAUUAAAGAAGAUGACUGAUUUUAAAAAGUGUGAGGGAAAAAAAUGAGCUAGAGUAAAAUCAAGAGCAAGUUUAAAGAACUUUUCUUAUCUCAUCUCGCUGUUAUUGAUCAGUUAGAGGUCGGCGUAGACGUCAACUAUAUAUUCUUCUAGUCGAGGGCAGACAUCAGACCACGCAAGGUCUUAUUUUUAUAAUUGAUAAUAAUGCUACACUGCAAAAAUUUUUUUUGACCCGGUGUAGUGUAAAUGUCUCGGUGUAAAAAUUUUGGUGUGAAAAUUACACCAAAUUCGGUGUUAAAUUUACGCGGUGAAUUUAAAAUUUUUACACCGCCAAGCGUGUAAAUGCGUAAUUUAUAUUUUUGCAUUAAGAAAAUUAAUCAUAAAAAUAUUUAUAUAUUCAAAAUACUAUUUGAUAUAUAAAUAAAAUUAAUGAUGAUACUGAAGUUAGCCGAGGUCUAAAAAAAAAAAAAUUUGAAAAAAUUGCACCUGUAGUUUUUUAAAUUUUCUACAUGUGCAUAUUUUUAUUGCCCGACUCAUGUUGCGAAGCAUCAGAGUGUGCUUUACGAUCGAAAAAUUUUUUUGUAAUUGAUUUGUUGAAAAAAAAAUCCGAAAAUUUUUAAUUGUCUGCUAUCUUCAGGAUCAUAAAUUAAUGUAGUUAUUGAUUAAGAAGCUAAGAAUAUUCGAUAAUCGUUUGUUGCUCAUUAAUCAAAAUUAUAACGAGUAACACGGAAUGGUGUAAAAAAAGUAGAUUACACCGUGGAAAAUUUACACCGUUAUUUCACACUACACUGCGUGUAAAGUUCUCCGGGUCGAUUUUUACACCGAAAUUUUUUACAGUGUACCAUUUAAUGCGAUAAAUUAGUUAGUAAUAUUUAAUUAUUAUUAAAAUGUAUUAUAAUUAUAAUAAUAUAUGAAGGAGAAAGUUGUUUAUAAACUAAGUACCUAAGUGUGUCUGUGAUUUGUGAUGCGUUAAAACUCGUGACCCAGAGUUUAAAGAUUUAGAGUAUUUAUUUAUAGUUUAAUUGAGUGGGUAAAUGGGGUUUAACUGUACAUAGUCUUUUAAAUUAUAAGCUCUUGUAUAUUAUUUUAAAUAUUAAUAUUAUGUAUGUAAUUUUAAGAUUACCCACGUCCAAUAAUGCAACAAAGACGAGAGUUAUAUAUAUUGUAAAUAAUAUUUUUAAAAUGCAUUGUAACUCUCAUUUAAAUCAAGACUUGAGAAAAAUAAUGAAUAAAUGUUUUUG